AUGCAAGAAAGGAAGGAAGGAAGCAAGGAUGGAAAGAAGGAAGCGAGGAAGGAAGGAUGCAAGAAUGCGAGGAAGCAAGGAAGGGAGGAAGGAAGGAAGCGAGGAAGGAAGCGAGGAGGGAAGCAAGGAAGGGAGCAAGAAAGAAAGGAGGGAAGUGGGUUGAGUGAAGAGGAACAGCUUCAAGAGGCAUUAAGGCGUAGCGAAGAAGAGACAGAUAGAAAAAUUGAUCAUGGCGAGACACAAUCAACUCAAAUAAAUCCACAGCAAGGUCGGGACCAUUUAUCAUAUCCGCAACACACUGAAUGGACUAGUGACAACACAUACUCUGACAUAACUGGUGGUUUAAGUGAAGAGGCCCAGAUGUUAGAAGCUUUACGGCUAAGUCAAGACAUUCCACACCACACUGGGUCAAGCGCAACGGGACUCUCCCAAAGGCAACCAUGGUUUGAUUCCGAUGUGCAUAGCAGUAAUCAAGAUAAACACAUACGGAUUGUUCUCAUUGGCAAAACAGGGGUUGGUAAAAGUUCAACCGCAAAUACUCUUAUGGGAGGAAACUACUUUAAAACGGACACUAGUUUAGAUUCGGUAACAUCAACGUGCGAAUGGAAUGUCUGUACCCACAACGCAGUUUCCUAUAAGUUCAUCGAUACACCAGGUUUCAUGGACACUGGUAAAGACAAGCAUACUGUUUGUAGAGAAGUGGCAAUGUCUCUUCAAUACGCGGCGCCCGGGCCUCACAUAUUUCUCAUUGUUAUUAAGUUUGGAAGAUACACACAGGAAGAUCACAUUGUUAUUGCCCAAAUGAAAGAACUUUUUGGGAACGACUUCACAAAGGACUAUGGUAUCCUCGUAUUCACUCAUGGUGAUGACAUAAAACACCAUAUGACAGAAGGCCUGGACGAUGGUGAAGUUGAUGAUGAUGCGUUUUAUAAGGCAUGUGAGGCAAGGUUUAAUAAAGGGGCAACUAAGAUUCCACAAUUAAGGGAACUACGUGAUGCAUGUUCGGGGAGAAUGUUCUUCAUUGACAACAGAGCAAAAGGCCGUGCUAAAAAAACCGAGGCCUCUCGUUUGUAUGACGCGAUCUACCGGUGGGGGUUGGGUCGACGUUAUUGCAUUGAUAAACAUCGCCUUGCAGAAAUGAUGGAACAUGAUAAGAGAAAAAGAAACGAAAAGCUUGAGAGGGAAAUGAGAGAACAGAGAAAUAGGGCAGAACAAGAACGACUUCGACUUGAAGCUGAGCAAAUAAAACGAAGGGAGGAACACGCUGCCAAACUGCAAAGAGAAUUCGAACAGAAACAACGUGAAUUAAAAGAUCGCGAGAAGGAGCUGAAACGGCAAAUGGAGCACGAGAAGAAGCAACAGGAAUUGAAGAAUCGAGAGCGGGAGUUAGAACUCCAACGGGAAUAUGAGAAAAAGAACCAAGAUGUGAAGACUCGAGAGAGGGAGAUGGAACUUCAAAGAGAAUUUGAAAAUAAACAGCGAGAAUUGCUGGAUCAAGAGAGACAACGAGAGCGUCUUCAGCGCCAGCAGGAGGAGGAAGAACGAACCCAAAUGCAAGCUAAAAUGGAAAGGGAACGUGAACAGCUCAGAUUUGAAUUUGAAUCGAAGAUGAAGGAAAUGGAGAGACAGGAAGAAUCCAAAAGGAGGAAAAUCAACGAUGAAUGGAAGGAGAAAGAAGAACAACGAGAAAGAAAUUUCGAAAAAAAGAAAGAGGAGCCAGUAGAACCAUCCGAUGGUAUUUUAGAUAAAAUUGGGGGAGUGGUUAAGAAAGUUGCGUCUUUUGUAGCAUCAGCUGUAGUAAAAGGAGUGAAAUGGUUUUUUAAGUGGUAA